AUGUCCGAACAACCCCCCCCUUUGCCACCUGGUUCUGGACGUCGACGCUCCUCCAUCACAGAAAUGUUCAUCCCUCGGCCUGCUGCAGGCACUUAUACCUCAUCUUAUUCUCCUCCGAACCCCUCAACUCCAAUGGGCAAUACUCAGGGCAACCGGCGUGGCAUGUCCAUCACAACACUCGGCUUGGGCGGAAAUAGUCCCAACAGCCAGAAUUCUCCUCUCAAUGCCUUCGCAAAGCAGCGGCGAGCAAGCGUGGCCUCAUCGGCCUCAGGCAGCCCCGAAUUUAAAAACAGUUUCGAAGACAGUGCUGUGAUCGAGGAGGAUCAUCAGAGCGGGGGGCCGACCAACACCCCAGCCUCACCAAGUUUUGCAAGACGGGUUAGCUUUGGAGCACAAGCUCUUCGGGAUGUGAGGAGCACCGGCGCAGCACCGGCUGGUGAGGGCUUCAAUUGGUCUGAGGCACUUCGUGAUCGAACCAGACGCCAGCCUUCCGCUUCGGCUAGCGGUAAUCCUUUUCAACCUCGUCAACGAGCAACUUCCAUCAGCACCAUGGAACCACCUAAAGAGAUGCCCAAGGCACAUGCACCACCUUUGACUGCCAAGUUGGGCAAGCCUGAUCCACUUGGAGAGAGAAUGCUGCGAGGAGACUUCAUGAUGGACUAG